AUGGAACAAACUACUGGAUUGACAUCUGAGUUUGCUGAUACUGCUCUUAAAGCUAUUGAAGAUGUUUCUGAUGAGCUUUAUGAGAUAAGCAUAAAAAAUCCAGAAUUGGCUUACGAAGAAAAAUUUGCACAUAAAUUAUUAGUUGAUUAUUUGAAAGAAAAAGGAUUUAAAGUAACACCGAGUGCUUUUGGGUUAGAAACCGCAUUUUUAGCAGAAUUUCAAUCUAAAGCUGGAAAAGAAAUUGGUCAUGCUUGCGGGCAUAAUCUUAUCGCAAUUAGUGGAGUAGGUGCUGCAAUUGGUCUCAAGGCAGUUCUUGAGAAAUUUAACAUUGAAGGAAUUGUAAAUGGAAAAGUCGAUUUAAUUAAAGCCGGUGCAUAUGAGGGAGUUGAUGUUUCAUUAAUGGUCCAUCCAAGAAUUCAUGGAAUAAUUACUAAUGGAGGACAAGCACCCAACACUGGUUCUUUCCUUGUUCGCGGAAAGACAAUGAAAGAUUUGGAAGCGCUUCAGCCACGUGUACAUAAAUGCUUUGAAGCAGCAUCAGAUGCGACUGGAGCUAAAGCCAAAAUUACAUGGAGAAAAGCGGUUCCUGAAGAUCAGAAUAAUGCCUUCAGCGGAUCCACUGAUCAGGGAAAUGUAACUCACCUGGUACCUGGGUUUCAUCCAGUUUAUGACAUUCGUUCAUCUAUUCCUGCUGUUAAUCAUCAAAGAGAAUUUGCUUCAGCAUGCAGAACAAAAACUGCACAUGAAGAAACUAUAAAAGCUACGAGUGGGAUGACUUUAGUUGGAUUAGACUUUUUGAUUGAUGAAGAAUUUGCUAAGCAAGUCAAGGAAUCUUUUGACAAAUCUAAAUUAUAA